AUGGCUGCAGACGGGGGUCAGGAUCUAAUUACACUCACUGUUGACAAGCUCUCUGCUGAUCGUGUUUCUGAAUCUGUUACGUGUCCCUCCUGUGGUGCUGUAUCUCUGUUUAUUGGGACUACCAGAGAUCAUUUUGAGGGGAAGAAAGUGAUCCGGCUUGAAUAUGAGGCGUACAGUCCAAUGGCAGAGUCCGAGCUCAGGAAGAUCUGCAGUGAGGUCCGGACCAAGUGGCCCAGCGUCAGACACAUUAACAUACAGCAUAGACUCGGUGUGGUUCCUAUAACAGAAGCUAGUGUUAUAAUUGGGAUCUCAUCACCGCACAGAAGUGAUUCCCUGGAGGCGGUGAAGUACUGCAUCGACACACUCAAAGCUACUGUGCCAAUCUGGAAAAAGGAAAUAUACGAGUCUGGGGAGCCGUGCUGGAAAGAGAACAAGGAGUGUUUGUGGGGGGAUACUGGGAAAGAUCCCAAACAAAGCUGAACUGUUAACUAGCAAAUGAGCUACAGUAAAUCUCACGAGGCAUUAAGAGGUUUUUAUUGAAAAAAUACAAAGCUCAAAGUUUUCCUGUAACACCUGAUGAGACAACGAUUUGAAAAAAAAAGAGCAUAUUCUACUCUUCUCUUGAAUAAAAAGUCUUAAA